AUAAAUCCAGUUUUUGACGCGCUUUAAUUUGGUAUGAACACAUUGUGGUAUUAUCUGUUCUUUAGGUUCUAGAGGGAGGGAGGCAAAGGUUAUGUGCCACUCUGUAUGAUAAUGUAUACUAUUUUAUAGGAAACAAUUGCUAAAGAAUUUUCAUUUAUGCAAUCACAAAUUGGCUAUGAUAUUUUGGCUGAAGAUACGAUAACAGCUUUAUUACAUAAUAAUAAAAAAUUAUUAGAAAAACAUAUUACUGAAAAAGAAAUUGAUACAUUUGUUAAAUUAUUAAGAGAAAAAAGAGAUUGCAAAUUUCUUGAGUAUUUAUCUGAUUUAUGUGUAUCAAGUAGUCAAGCAAUUGCUCGUACGCAAGAAAUGAUUUGUAAAUCCGUGUUAGAAAAAAAUUCCGAUAUACUCAUUCGAACAAAAUUGGAAUUAAAUCCGUGUGUAGAAGAUAUGAUAUUAGAUGAUAAUAAUUCACUGCCUACCGGUCUUUCAUCGCAAAAUAUGUUACGUGAAGUCAUUUUAACAUGGGAUGGAAAAUCUGAAUCAAUCGAAUUUAUGGCUGGUGUUGUUCGAGAUCAAUUAGCACAUCCAAGACGAGAAGAAUUUCGAAAUAUUUUAGAAUAUUACAGAUAUCAGUUGAGUUUAUAUUCUCAUAUGUGUUUUGAUCGUCAAUAUUUGGCCAUUGAUAAUCUUUCACCAGAAUUAUCUAUCGAUCUUAUUUUAACAUGUACAAAGAGCGAAAACUUACCUGGUACAUUACGUGCAUCGUUUUGUCGUUUAAUGGUUCAUAUGCACGUCAACAGAGAUCCACAAGAAGAAGUAACAAGAAUUAAAUAUGCCAGAUUAUGGAAUCAAGUGAAAACAGAAGUGUCAUUGAGCGAUUAUGAUGAAUGUCAUUCAUUGGAACCUGUAGAAAAAAAUGAAAAUCGUCCAAGAUUCGAAACAACAAUGAAAUUUGUUGAAGAUUAUUUAAAAACUGUUGUUGAACAACCAAAUUCUUUUAGUGAUAGAGAACAAAAUAAACUAACUCAUGAAGUUGUUAAUUUGGCUCGUCGUUUAAUAUUUUUUGGCUUUUAUAGUUUUGAAGAUUUAUUAAAAUUAACACAAACACUGUUGGGUAUUUUGGAUACAUCGAAAGUUCUAACAUCAUUGACAAAUAAUACACAAAAUGAACAAGGAGGUUUUCCAUUGAUUAUUGGUGGUCAAAAGUUAACUAAAAAAUAUGAGCAUGCGUUAUCAACACUUACAACUACUGCUAUUAUUCCAAAUGCUGGGAGUGUGUUUGCUGAUACGACUACUGAACAACAAACAGAAAUACUCGAUGAUCUCGCAUAUGAAACAAAAAUGAAUGUCAUUGCUAUCUUAGAGUUCAUUCUCGAUAUUCGUCUUGAUUUUCGGAUAUCUCGUUUAAUCUCAAUAUUUAAACAAAAAUAUGAUCGAAUAGAUUCUCCUACAAAUAUUGGAAUGGAUUUAAAUUCAGCUGAUAUUGAAUGUAUAUUCGAUUGUGAUUCACCCAAUUUAGAUUUAGAUAAUGAUAAAGGAAAAACAUUUUUAAAAGUAUUAUUAAAUUUGGUUAUGCAUGAUUAUCAACCAUUAGUUAGUCGUGCACUUUCACUCUUAUUUCGACAUUUUAAUCAACGAAAAGAAACAUUACAACAUUUAAAUCAAGUUCAAUUAUUAGUAUCAGAAACGGAUAUUAAAAAUUAUAAACAAAUUAAACGAGAUUUAGAUCAAUUAAGAUUAUUUGUAGAAAAAUCAGAAUUAUGGGUAUAUAAAAAAGGGAAGGAAGGAGGUGGACAAAGUGGAAAUCUUAAUGAUCAAGACGAUAAGAAAGAAGAAGAUUUUGAUAUCAAAAAAUUGGCAUUUUCGACUGGUUUUGGUGAACCAGAAUUAGAAAAUGGUCCACAAAUUAAUGAAGAAUCAGCAUAUCGUUAUACAUCAAUAUUUCAGGUAAGUUAUUCUCUGAAACAAGAAUACAAAUAUUCAAAUAUAUGGCAUAGAUUAAGUUAUAUUGAGAAAUGAACCAGUUAUCCUAUUCUUUUUCCAGGGCAUACAUAAAUUCAUUGAUACGGUAAUAUAUAUCAAUUGUUUUUUCUCCUAUUUAUUGUUUCAUGUGUUUUUUUUGUCAUUCUCUUACACUAAAAAAACAAACAAAAAAAAAAAAAAAAAAAAAACAAAGCACAAAAAAUGGACAAAGUUUGUUAAUUAAAAAUAAAAUUAUU